GGGCAACGCAGACUCAAAAAAAGCGCGCCCGAGCGGAUUGUUUAACAUUUUUCAUCGCAAACGAGCGAAACAUUAGGAAAGGGAAGGUAGUCGUUAUUAGAUUGUAGCGGCUAACGCCGCUGCAGAAUUUUAUAUCGCGCCCUUUACGACCCUCAGGCGGGUAGACAAAAUGUAUUCGGUGAAAGUGUGAAAAGUCCGUUGGAAAAGAUUCAUUCAGGCGUCGAGCGCGCAUGACCGUGUUCUUCAUUCAAACCGCCCUUCAGUCCCGCUGAAACUCUAACCCGAGCGCACGCUGGGGUCGUUUCGCCGCUCUAUUCGAAUUUCGAACUAAUUUAAAUUAAUCGCUGCCAGACAAGUUGCCGGCCGUAACUUUUUAAAGUGAAAAGUGUCGUGUUCGAGGAGCCGGGUUGCUUCUUAUAGUGUCUGUUCGAUUUUUAAAGUUUUGUUUGAGUGUUUUUGUUUUGGUUUAGUUUGUUUUCAGUGAUUUUUAAAUAGGGUAUUAAGCUGAAAGUGUAAACAAGUGAAACGCAGUGUUAAAUUCUAAUUUGUGAAAGUAUUCCAAAAGUGAAAUUUCUAAGUCAAUUGAUUCUUUAGCUAGUUUCUUUUAACUAAAUCAAGUGAUAAUCCGUGCUCCUCGUAAUUGUUUAAAAUACAAGUUUUAAUGUCGCGCCGGUACAAUUUUAACUAGUGCCCUCCAUUUCGAACGAGUAAAUUAAGUUUAAAUCGUGCUUAAAAUAAUAAGUGUGUAACCUACAUCCGCUAAACUAUCAAAACAAAACAGAUAACUCUCAAAGUUGUGCUUAUAAGUCAAAGUGUAAUGCUCGUAGAAAACAGACAGUAGAACAAACCAUAUCUCUCAAGUCUCAAACGUCUGUUGUGAGUUGAUGCCGCCACCAUUUCGAACCUCUGCGCGUCGGGCAGCACGCGCUCAGGUUCUCUACGAUGGCUCGGCCUGAGGUUAUGCGAUGAGGGCGAAAUGGACGAGCCCAGCGCCGCCGCCAAGCGGCCGUCCGUGCUGACCAUCGACCGCGCCGCGUUCCUGCUGCUGCGCGUCAAGCGCGCCUUCAAGAAGAAGCGGCAGCUGAGGAAGGACAAGCAUGCUGCGGCGGCUGCGGCGGCGGCGGAGGCGCUCGGCGCGUGCCGGCGUGCCCCUCCUCCCCUGCUGCGCUCGCGCACCCUUCCCGCCAUCGUGGUGCCCGGCCUCUCCAUCCUGCACGCGCAGAUCGACCCAGCCAAGAACGACCUAACUCAAAGCCAGCUGCUAUGUCGCGGCGUGUCGAGCCACAAAGUGUGCGGGCUGCGCGCGCAGACGCCGCGCAUCUCAUUCACGAGCAAGGACGAGGAUGCGCACGAGUUGCGUCGGAAGAGUGCGAGCAGCCGGCUCGGGAGCUCGCCGCGCUCGAGCAUCGCGAGCGACGAGCAACACGGGAUCGUGCUAAGGGUCCCAGGGACAACUCCUCGCGGAUCGGUGUCCAGCACGGGCAGCUCGCGGCUGGCGCGGCUGCUUACUCAGGGCGUGCGAGGGGAUGAACUAACUACAGAUGCCCCCCGAAGGCUCAGCUGGGAGAGGUAAGAGUCCCCCUCGUGGCUCACAAGACUCUGUGUCACUGGCAGCCCGCAACUGGUGCGGUUUCUGACGAUGCAGUGCGGGGGCAGCAAUAAACUACAGAUCCGAUGCCCC